CAGCUGCGGGCCGGGGGCGGGCCCUGGCCCCCACCAUGCGGGCCGAGCUCUGGCUCCUCGUGCUGGUGCUCAGGGAGGCUGCCCGGGGGCUGAGCCCCCAGCCCGGAGCAGGUCAGGAUGCAGGCCGAGGCUCUGGAGGGGCCGUCCAGGGGACCACCAUGCAGGGCUGGAGUCGGAGAGCCCGAGAGAUCCCUGGCCAGGUGUCGGAGCCGGACAGGACUCAGCUGAGCCAGGACCUGGGUGGGGGCACCCUGGCCAUUGACACACUGCCGGAUAACGGGACCAGGGUGGUGGAGGACAACCACAGCUACUAUGUGUCCCGACUCUAUGGUCCCAGCGAGCCCCGCAGCCGGGAGUUGUGGGUGGACGUGGCCAGAGCCAACCAGAGCCAAGUGAAAGUUCACCGAAUCCUCUCUAACACCCACCGGCAGGCUUCGAGAGUGGUCUUGUCCUUUGAUUUCCCUUUCUACGGGCAUCCUCUGCGGCAGAUCACCAUAGCAACCGGAGGCUUCAUCUUCAUGGGUGAUGUGGUCCAUCGGAUGCUCACGGCUACUCAGUAUGUGGCUCCUCUGAUGGCCAACUUCAACCCUGGCCGCUCCGACAACUCCACAGUUGCUUACUUUGACAAUGGGACAGUCUUUGUUGUUCAGUGGGACCACGUCUACCUCCAGGACCGGGAGGACAGGGGCAGCUUCACCUUCCAGGCAGCUCUGCACCAAGAUGGCCGCAUUGUAUUCGGCUACAAAGAGAUCCCUAUGCCCAUCCUGGAAAUCAGCUCGUCCCAGCACCCCGUCAAAGCAGGCCUGUCAGAUGCCUUCAUGAUUCUCAAUCCAUCCCCGGACGUACCAGAAUCUCGGCGAAGGACCAUCUUCGAAUACCACCGUGUGGAGCUGGACCCCAGCAAGGUCACCAGCACAUCUGCUGUGGAGUUCACCCCAUUACCAACCUGCCUGCAGCAUCGGAGCUGCGACACCUGCAUGUCCUCAGACCUGAUCUUCAACUGCAGCUGGUGCCAUGUCCUCCAGAGAUGCUCCAGUGGCUUUGACCGCUACCGCCAGGAGUGGCUGUCCUAUGGCUGUGCCCAGGAGGCAGAGGGCAGGACGUGUGAGGACUUCCAGGACGAGGACUCCUUCUCGUCCUCGCCCGACAGCUCCUUCAGCCCCUUUGACGGAGACCUCACCACCACCUCCUCUUCUGUCUUCAUCGACAGCCUCACCACAGAAGAUGACACCAAGUUGAAUCCCUAUGCAGAAGGAGAGGGCCUUCAGAACAACCUGUCCCCCAAGACAAAGGGCCCCCCCUUGCACCUGGGCACCAUCGUGGGCAUCGUGCUGGCCGUCCUCCUCUUGGCGGCCAUCAUCCUGGCCGGGAUCUAUAUCAGCGGCCACCCCACCUCCAACACUGCGCUCUUCCUCAUCGAGCGGAGACCUCGCCGCUGGCCGGCCAUGAAGUUCCGCAGCCACCUUAACCACUCCACCUACACAGAAGUUGAGCCCUCAGGCCACGAGAAGGAGGGCUUCGUGGAGGCCGAGCAGUGCUGAGAGCGCCAGGUCUCCCUUGGAAGGGUAGGAAGGAAGACCCGGGGACCUCAGCAAACAUGAGUCAAAGCAGAGCAGAGAAGUGACUUUCCUUGGCCUCCUCUGAACACACCCUGGCUGGGAAGAUGAGCCCAUGGUCUGUGGUGCCAGAGCUAUAGUUUGGCCAUCACACCCCAACUCUUGAAGCAGGAGGCAGAAAAGCAACCACAUUGAAUUUUUAAGGAACAGUAACCUAAUUUCAGCCUGUUUUGAUGCCAGGGGUCUUCCCUUCUGAGUCU